UCGUAAACCGGGACGCCGUGUGGAGGAGGAUUGCCAAAGGCUGUUUAAACAGCGGGAUAACCUGGAACGGGACGGACAUACACAGCUUUAACUGGACCCGUGAGGUACAGAACCAGUGUACAGAACCGCGAGAGUACAGAAGCAACACGAGUGAAGCUAACGAGAAGCAACUGCAGACAUAGGACACCAUGUCAGCUGUCAACACGACACCUGGGGCUUCUUGUCUGCAGAUGCUGGCAACAGAAGUAGAAUCUUACAAUACACAAUUCAAAUAUCCUAAUGUCCCUCUGAAGGAACGAGUGAAGACAGCUCAGAACUGGUAUCAUGGAUUUUGUAAAAAGUGGACUCUUCUCAAAUGGAAGACAAAGCUGUUGCCAUGGUUACAGUUGGACGGCAAUGUGCUGUACUUGUCUCAGGCUGCUAAAAUCGGAGCCUACUCUCUGAGCCGCGACUCCAGGAGGCUCCAGCGAAUACCACUGGAAAACUUUUCGGGCCACAAGGGUGAUGUGUGUCGCUUUGUCCUCACAGACUCUCACCUGAUCAGUGGAGGAAGUGACGGACGGAUCUUGGUCCACAGCAGAAGACGUAACAUGUCACUGGGGCUCAUGGGUCAUAGCCAGGAAGUGAACUGCCUGGACUCUAAAAACGGACUCAUCAUCAGUGGAUCAAGAGACCGAACAGCUCGAAUGUGGACUUUGACCUCCAGCUCCCCUUUAGGAACGAUUCCCAUGUUUGACAGAGUUUGGUCCGUUGCGAUUAGUCCCACUCAAAGUUCCUUUGUAACAGGCACUGCAUGCUGUGAGAACUUCUAUCCUCUUCGUAUCUGGGAUGUGGAACGAUUAGUGUGUGUAUGCAGUCUGGGCUCGGAGUUUCGUCGUGGUGCGGGGGUGCUGGAUAUAGUCUUUGAGUCUCCGUUCCAGCUCUUCACCUGCGGUUAUGAUACCUUUGUUCGACAGUGGGACCUGCGGCUCAGUCCACAGAAGUGUGUGAUGGAGUGGGAGGAGCCUCAUGACAGCGCUCUCUACUGCAUCCAGACAGAUGGAAAUCACAUGAUAGCCAGCGGCUCGUCAUACUACGGUGUGGUCCGUAUUUGGGACAAACGUCAAACCAAAUGCUUGCAGUUCUUCCAGCUGAGCUCUGACUCUUUGAGCAGCCCAAUAUACUGUCUGAGAUUCAGCAGCUCUCACCUGUAUGCAGCUCUGGCUACUGCCCUGCACUCCUUGGACUUCAGACAGCAACCUGCUCACAUCAGAUGACACACACACGCAGUCAAACAAAGACUGCUAACACUUAUAAAACCAAUAAAGAGGUCUAUUUCUUUCUC